GUGGGGGUUUUAAGUCGAAGGUUCGAGCGAUGGAAGUGAUGAAGUCACUGAAGCGAUGAAGUGAUGGGAACGCGGAGCGCGCGCAAGUGAUCAAGUGAUGGAGAAGUGCGCGCUGAACCACCUUAAGCGGCUCUCUCUGAUGUCAGCUCAGCAUCAGGACCAGUGGAGGUCCCCCAUCCCCGCGCUGCGCUGCGCUCCGUCUCGCGGCCCCGGCAUCCUCUUCAUUCAUUCCUCCUUGGCGCACGGUGGGGUCCAGUCCCUCCAUGGCUCCCUGAGGCUGCUCACGCACCGCGCACCGCACAGAUCCCCCGCGGAGAAGGAGGAGGAGGAAGCUCCGACGUGGCCCUCGUGGCCACGAUGUCGCUGUGCGCCCACUCGUCAGGUGGAGGACACUGAGAGGCAGGACGUGGGUACGUACUGCAGGGAGCGCCACGCGCACCACAAGGACGCUGCCAUGAACCUUUGCUGGAGUGAGAUCAAGCGCAAGUCACACACGAUCCGGGCGCGCUUGGAGGCUCUGUCUGACAAUAGUGGCAAGCUACAGCUGUCCCUCCAGGAGAUCAUUGAGUGGUUGACGGCUAAGGACGAAGAGCUGUCAGACCAGCUACCUAUAGGGGGUGACGUGGGGGCCGUCCAGCACCAGCGGGAGAUCCACCAGGUCUUUAUGGAGGAUGUCAAAUCUAGAGGCCCUUUCAUCUACUCGGUCCUGGAGUCUGCCCAAGCCUUCCUGUCACAGCACCCCUUUGAGCAAGCCGAGGAGAUAGUCGCUGACGGCAAAGAGGCAUCUCCUCGCAGACGGGCUCUGAGCGUCAGCCGCUCGGUGUGGAAGCAGGCCAGCGUAGCUGGAGACUUAUGGGACAAGCUAACGGCACGUUGUGUGGACCGGCAACGGCACAUGGAACGCACACUGGAGCGACUGCUGCAGGCACAGGCUGCCAUGGCACAGCUGGCCGCUGCGUUAGAGCAAGCUGAGGGCGUGCGUGAUUCCUGGGAGCCGGUGGGUGACCUCUUCAUUGAUGCCCUGCAGGACCACAUCGAUGCUACCAAGCUGUUCAAGGAGGAGCUGACCCAUGUGAAGGAAGGCAUGAAGCACAUCAACGACCUGGCACACCAGCUGGCCAUCUCAGAUGUGCAUCUGUCCAUGGAGAAUGCCCGAUCUUUGGAACAGCUCAACAGCCGGUGGAAACUGCUCCAGAACUGUAUUGAGGACAGGCUGAAGCAACUGCAGGAUGCCCACAGAGACUUUGGUCCUGGAUCACAGCACUUCCUCUCCAGUUCUGUGCAGAUCCCAUGGGAGCGAGCCAUAUCUCCAAACAAAGUGCCAUACUACAUCAACCACCAGGCCCAGACAACCUGUUGGGAUCAUCCAAAGAUGACAGAACUAUACCAGGCACUGGCGGAUCUAAACAACAUCAAAUUUUCUGCAUAUCGGACGGCCAUGAAGCUGCGACGAGUGCAGAAGGCCCUGCGAUUGGACAUGCUGACUUUGGCGAAUGUGGUGGAAGUGUUCCGUGAGCAGGAUCUACAGCAGGCAGAGCGUAUGAUGGAUGUGGUAGAAGUCAUCCAUGCGUUGACUGGAUUAUACGAGCGGCUGGAGGAGGAACUCGGCGUGCUUGUCAACGUCCCGCUCUGUGUUGACAUGUGCCUCAACUGGUUGCUCAACGUGUACGAUAGACAUGAUGAAAUGAUCCAGGGCCACAUCCACCGCCAGGUUCUCUCUUCUCGUCCUAGUGGUCGUAAUGGGAAAGUGCGGGUCUUGUCCUUCAAAACAGGACUGGUGUGCCUUUGCAACGCAGACAUACAAGAAAAGUACAGAUACCUGUUCAGUCAGGUGUCGGGACCGGGAGCUCUCACAGACCAGCGACACCUCAGCCUCCUGCUGCAUGAGGCCAUCCAGAUCCCCCGGCAGCUGGGUGAGGUGGCUGCUUUUGGGGGCAGCAAUGUGGAGGCCAGUGUGCGCAGUUGCUUCCGGAUGGCUCCUGGAAGGCCUGUCAUUGAGGUAUCCCACUUCUUGGAAUGGAUGAGCCUGGAGCCCCAGUCUGUGGUGUGGUUGCCUGUGUUGCACCGAGUGGCAGCUGCCGAGUCUACAGAGCAUCAGGCCAAGUGCUCUGUCUGCAAGCAAUGUCCUAUCAAGGGCUUCAGGUAUCGAAGCCUUAAACAGUUCAAUGUGGACAUCUGCCAAACCUGCUUUUUAACAGGGCGCACCACCAAGGGCAAGAAGCUGCACUACCCCAUCAUGGAGUACUACACACCAACCACCUCCGGGGAGAAGAUGCGGGACUUUGCCAAAACCUUGAAGAAUAAGUUCCGGUCUAAGCAGUACUUCAGCAAGCAUCCACAGAGGGGCUACCUGCCAGUGCAGUCAGUCCUGGAGGCUGAGCAUGUGGAGACUCCUGGCUCCUCCCCCAAGCUGCCCCAUGCUGACACUCACUCCAGGAUUGAACAUUUUGCUAGCAGGUCCAGCAGCAGGUCUACCUCCUCAUAUUGAAACCUGCAUCCUUUCACUCACAAGUUGAGUUCCUUAAGCCCUCUGUUCUCUGCUGUCCUGAUUAGUCUCUUCAUUCAAUGGAAGUCAAAGGACACAUCAUGACGCGUUUGUGGUUCAGCACCUUGCGAUGUGAACUUCAUAGCUGCUGCUCUGCCAGUGACAAGAUUUACUCAGCACCCCAUACUCACUGUCCUUUCAGUGUCCAUUUGGAGAGUAGCUAUUAAGGUGUCGGGGACAUUUUGUAUCCACUCCUCCUUCACCCAGCCUUUGUCUGCUUCUUUCCUCAACCCUGUCAUCAUGUACUUCACAUCUUGCAUAUGCAGGAUUUCCCCCUAGGCACCCAGACAAUCCCUUCCACAAUCCCUCUCCCUUUGUCUGCCCAAUUUGUGUUCUGCAUGUCAACCCUGCCUAUAUUAAUUGCCUCUACUCAAAAAUAAACUCCACAUUUAUUCAUCAGCUGCUGAUGAGAAGAUUUUACUUGGCACAGGUCCCUGGCUCAACAAAAGCAAACAAGUUCUCUGGCACGAUGGAUGUGCCCAUGUGUUCCAGCACCUCUUGCAAAAUUUACAUGCAGAAUUUAUCCACUAGCUGUUAAAAUACAGAAAUGAUCUGAUCUGCACAGAUGAUCUCGGGCCGAAAUGCACCUUUGGGGUGACAUGCAUAGAAGAAGGAUCUGGGGGAAGAGAUGCAUGUGACGAACAAGAAUGAUGGUCACUGACACUGAAAAUAGUGGACUUGGCUAUGGAUAGAUAUAAAACUGUGUUGGUGAGGUCUGGUGUUUCAGAUUUUUUUGUUUGUAGUUGUUUGUGUGUCCUUAGGGAAUCUGAGAUGCACAUGGAGCCAAAUAUCAAGACUCUGACCUGAUUGGGUGUGGCAUUAACAGCUGUCCUUAUUUCCGUGCCUGGAGGUAUCUCCUCCCCUGUCUCACAGCCUUUUGUCCAUUUCCUUCCAGACUUUCACAAAAGGCAAAAGGAGGGGGAGUUUACACUUUGAUACUGGAGACACCUAUUCUACUAUAAGAUUUGAGGCCAUGCAAAAUUGAAGAUGACUGUCCUUUUAUAGUUCUGUAAGAAUGUAAUUGCUGAAGAUCUGUCUUGGGUUUGUGGCUUGCAAGAUGGAUUCAAAUGCAUUUUACUUCUUUUUUUCAGAUCUCAGGAAAAAACAUAUUUAAUGAAGAAUCUCUUUGCUUGUUUCCUUUAGUGAUGCUGUAAUAUUGCUGGAGCUCCAGAGGAAAUGUAAAUGUGUGAGAAUAUUGAAAAGCUUCUUGUGGAAAGAGUUCCCAAAAUCGCCAGCCUAGGGGAGUGUUGCAGUGAAAGGAGUGGGCGUUUUAUUUAAUCCUGUAAAAAACUGAAAAACCCCACAUGGAAACUUUUGCACUUUAUCCACUAAGUUUCCCCUGAAAAGGGGCAGCCAUUUGUGCAUGAUUUGCGUCUAUUUAAUUGGGGCAAAGGUGUCUUGACUUAGCCAGACCUUUAUCAAGAGCACCAAGCAGCUGAGAUCUGAGAGAAUAUGAGUGUGCACCAGGGAUGGCUGAUUUGGCGAUAGGGUGGCUCUUUUUUCUGUAGUGUUACUGCUGAGACUUGCUGUCACUCAU